AUGUCACCGUACAAAUUGGUCUUUGGGAAGGCCUGUCACUUACCGAUAGAGUUGGAGCAUAGAGCUUUGUGGGCAUUGAGGCAACUGAAUCUUGAUAUGGAAGUUGUGGGUACAAAUAGAGUCAUAGAGUUGCACGAGCUUGAUAACUUCCAUUACCAUGCUUUUGCCAACACAAGGUUAUACAAGGAGAGAAUGAAAAUGUUUCUUGACGAGAAUAUUGCGGAGCAAAAUUUUAUAUUUGGAGACUUGGUACUGUUGUACAAUUCUAGACUGAAAUUGCUUCCAGAGGUAUAUCCUACCGGAGCAGUUGCAGUUGAGUCGAAAGAUGGAACUCCCAAGUUCACGGUCAAUGGUCAAAGGUUGAAAUAUUACCUUGGUAUGGGAAAUAAGGAAAAAGUUUAUAUUGGUUAA